UCCAUUUACAGAUUCUUCAGAGUUCGAUAUCUUCCUUAGUUCUUCACAGCUCGAUUCCCAAAUCACCAUUUCCAAAUUUUUCCAAUUCCUGAAUUGCAAUCAAACCCUAAUUUUGAUCAAAUGAGAACCGGCCCGAGAUCGUCGAUCAAUUCCGUGUCGAGAAUGACUGCUGUCGGAGCCACCACCGUCGCAAAAGCGACGUUCGCGCCGCCGGCUGCGGCGGCGGUCCACCGCUCGCCGUGGCACUCGCCGGUGCCGUACCUGUUCGGCGGCCUGGCGGCGAUGCUGGGGUUAAUAGCAUUCGCUCUCCUCGUCCUCGCCUGCUCGUACUGGAGGCGCUCCGUCGGCGGCGGCGGAGACGACGACGAUCGGAGAAGCGAUAUGGAGAGCGGCGCGGCGGAGAAAGGGGAGAGCGGCGGAGACGCCAAGGCGACGCCGGUGUUCGAGGAGAAGAUUCUGGUGAUCAUGGCAGGUGAAGUGAAGCCUACUUUCUUAGCUACCCCGAUGACGAGCAAAAACUCUUCUUUUAAUGAAGAAAAGGAAAGUAGUGAAAAAAUUACAGACGACAAGGAAGAAACCCUGAAGAAGAGAGACGAAACGACGUCGGAUAAUGAGGAAUCUCCUGCUCAAUAAACCAAUUAAAUAAAUCCAUUGAAAGAAGAAGAAGAACUCCAAUUUGCAGCAUAAAUUUUGGUCGGUUUUGAUAUAUGAUUUUGUCCAAUUUUGUGAUCCGGGAUAAUGUAAAUUUGCUUCUGAGAUAAAUCGAAAUAUCGAAUAGCUUUUAGACUCCA